UGCCAUAACUGAAACUCAAUCGCGUAUUGAAAAUUCAGUCAGUCGAUGAUGGGCGUUUAAAUGAAACGGUUCGCGCAACGGUAUAUUUGAAUUUGAACAAGUACGGUGCACUUGUUAGUCAAUUGAUAAUCGAGAAGCAAAACAAGAAUAAGAAAUAAAUAUAAAAAAAAAUAAAACAAAAACAAUUGAAGGAAGACAAAGUUACAAAAGAAAUUAAGGAAAAGCAAGCUGGAUAAAAACAAAAAAAAAAAUAAAAAUAACUUGAUUAAAUCAAUAAAAAUAAAUAAAAGUGAACUUUUUAAUAAUUAAAACAAUUUUGAAAAAUUUAUCAACCACACAGUUUAACAAAUUUUCUCACAAAUGUCUGCCCUGGCUCAGAGCAAACUUUCUUCCUCAAUGGAGAUGACAACGCAUGGCCCCCCCUCUACGAGGCCUUCUUCGAGAAGCUGAUCAAGCGACCUCCACACACAAUAACCGGCAUUUGCCAGUUCUUUCUACUGCUUAUUUAAAUAGGGUUCUUUAGCUUGAAGCUUUUGGCACCCGGUUUCGAAGACUCACAACGCAAACGCACUCGACUUUCAAUGUUCGAAAAGCCAACCAAGCAACCCGGCCAACUUCGACAACAAAUAUUUAAACAAUUAAUCUGCCGUUAAUUAAUGACGAUUGAUUAAUUAAGAAAACAUAACAAAAACAAAAACCAUUGCGUAUUUUGUAUUUUCUUCUUCUUCUGCGCCCCUUUUCUCUAUUUGAAUUUCGAAUGUCUUUGGGUUUUUUUAUGCCAAUUCGUGUCACCAAACCCAAAAUUAUAAAUUUCGAAUUGGUUUCUUUGGGGUCUGUAUAGAUGGUGUUGUGGUGUUUGUUUGUUGUUAUUGUUGAAAGUAGCAGCAGAAUAAAGAAAUAUUGAAAUAAAAUCUGAAAUAAUAAUCACAAAAAAACACCGAAAUUUUAUGAAGUCUCCGCUUGCGGUGCGGUUUCUGCGAAUAUUUGUGUUUGUGUGUGUGUGUGUGAGUGUCGCUUGAAUGUUAAUUCGAGACACGUUUUAAACAACAACAGAUUUCAUUGGCGCUGACAAUUUUCAACGUUGAAAUUGAGAAAGGGAUUCGACUGAAGGCAAAUAAAACAAAUGCAAAUAGCAGACGACGACGACAUCAAUAAAAAUCCAGAACAGAUGUAAAUAUUUGCAAUUUGUGAUAUAUGGGCUGCCAAAUAUAGGUGGUGCAAGUUAAACAGAAAAGACUCCCAGGCCAACUGAAGUACCAUGUCAAUCAAAAUUAAGCGAUAAAUAAGAUAAAGAACAAUUUGAAGAAAAACAAAAAUUAAUUGACCCAAAAGUUGCCUUAUCAGAAGCUUAAAUCAAUAUUCUCUGGCUUUGUCUCAGCUAUGGAGGGACCCACCCCAGCUGCUUUACCACCACCACCAGCAGCCUCCAGAGUACGUUGCAACAUAUCAUGUCAACGUGAAUUUUCUCAAAAUGGAAAUUUGUCCAAUAACAAUGUGAAAAAAGUCAAAGACAAUCACAUUGCCAGAAGUUCAAACUCAUCGAAAACUUCCUCCUCUCCAACCAGCAGUAGCAGCAAUAGUUCAUCAUCAUCAUCGUCAAUAUCGUCCAGCACCUCAUCAUUAUCAUCAAUUGUACAACCAUCACAAUUGAUGGCCAUCGACAUGGAAGAUGAUGGAAUGGAGGAUGCCCAAGAAAUCGAAGACUUCAAUCAAAUCAAUUUAAAUACCAUAAAUUCGAAUACAACAAACACAAGAAAUUAUUGCUCCAUCAGUAGCCAUGGCAUCGACACCAUAGGCAGCAACAGCCACAGCAACGCCACCACCACCAUCAACCCAAACAUUGCAAGUAUCAAUGAAACACAAGCCAGCAAUAACAGCCUGGAAUGCUCCAUGGCUCAAUCUCCGCCCCUCAAUAGAAGACGUCACACCGCCCUGCCUCAAGCUUUUAUUAUGAAUCAACAGCAUUUAUCAUUGCUCGAAAGUAAAAGUCACAAAAUGGACUAUGACAUGGAUGAUGACUUGAAUGAAUACAGGCCCAUAUUGCGCAAAGCCUUGUCCACGCCCUCGUGCAACAUUUUAGAUGUUCAACAUCCGCUAAAAAGUGAUGUUACCAUCAUCACCAAUCAUCAGGUGCAACAGAAAAGUGCAACAUCACCUACCCCACCAUCAUCAGAGCCAAUGCCAGAAUGUCUUCUCAAUAGCUCGAAUUAUUCCCAUUCCCCCCACUCGAAUAUAAAUGGUUCCUCUUGCUGUGACUGCUCCACUCAACAAAAAACUACCCCAUCCUCCAGACGUUCAUCAGGGGUGGCCGAUGGUUCCAUACAGACAUCUCCAGCCUCAGACUCAUCAUCACCCAUUAGCCAACGUUCGGGCUGUGCCCACUAUAAACGCUCAUGCAUGUUUGUGACUCCCUGUUGCAAUAAAUUCUACAAGUGCCGUUUUUGUCACGAUGAAAAUGAAUCUCAUCAUUUCGAUAGGAAAACUCUAACAGAACUGAUAUGUACCGAAUGUAAUACCCGUCAAAAUGUUCAAGAACGCUGCCAAAAUUGUAGCAUACGCUUUGGAAAAUAUACGUGUUUGAUUUGUAAUUUAUUCGAUGAUUCGGAUAAACAACAAUACCACUGUAAACAAUGUGGUAUUUGCCGCAUUGGCGGCAGAGAUAACUUCUUUCACUGUGAGGUCUGCGAUAUGUGCUUGCCGAUUCAAUUGAAGAUCGGAGGUCACAGGUGUGUGGAAAACAUUUCACGAUCUCAUUGUCCUGUGUGCCUGGGCGAUAUACAUACCUCACGAAUUCCAUGUCACAUUCCCGAUUGCGGUCAUUUGCUGCACAAGAUGUGUUUUGAUCAAUUACUUGCUUCGGGUCACUACACAUGUCCCACAUGUCAGACAUCAUUGAUAGAUAUGACAGCAUUGUGGGAGUAUUUGGAUGCUCAGGCGGAAUUGAUGCCAGUGCCUAAAAAAUAUGAAAAUCAAAGAAUAUAUAUAUUUUGCAAUGAUUGUCAUAAGACCUCGAAGACUAAGUUCCAUUUCAUCGGCUUAAAAUGUGUACAUUGCGGAGCUUACAAUACCACACAAAAUGUAAAAAGACGCAUGUCUUUGGUAGCAGAUGAACCCACUUCAGCAUGACAUUUAGCCCAAAGCCUUAUUCUCUAAAUGCAUUUUUGUUUAAAGAUGUGCACUAUGCAAAAGACAUUUACAAUGCAGUUUCCUUAAGCUCAAGGAACAUUGGGACAUUAUCAAGGCUUGCCAUUUAUGAUGGGAUUUUUUUGGUUUCUUUCUUUACCUAUAACAUCUUAUUUUUAUAUAGAAUUUAAUUUUACAUAUGUGAGUUGAGCUUAGUUGUAUUAUAGUAUAUUUUUUUGUUAGCUCUUGUUUUUCUGCAUUUACAUUUGAACUUAACACACAAAAACUGAAUUCGAGCUGGUAUCGAAUGUUAAGAUGAAUGAAUAUAUAAAAAAGAUUUUUUAUAAACAAAUUUGUAUAGAAAAAAAAUUUGUUUGAUGACAUUUAUAAAUUUUAUGAAUUUAUCAUAUUUUAGUUUUUUAAGUAAUCUUAUAUUCUAACAUUGUUAUAACAUCUGUAUAUGUUUUAAGUAUAUUUUAUAUUUCUAAUUAUUUGUUCUCUCUCUUUAUAUUUUUUGUCAUGUCUUCUCAGAUUAUUAAGUAUUUUAAAGUAUUUUUUGCCUCAAUAAAGACUAGUUUCAAUUUCAAAAAAAAAAAAAAUCUUAUUAGAUGCUAAAGCAAAUUAUAAUUGUAUAUGAAACUAUAGUCAAUAAAACCUAGCACUGAUGGGUGGUAAAAACCCCAUUCUAAAAAAAUA